AUGGAUAUCAAUAAUUCCGUCAAGCCGAUUAUUCCUCAACAAAUACAAUCCCAGUAUGAAUCAGGACAACAUCACGACAAGCUUUGCAAUUUCAAGGAAGCACUACGCUAUUAUGUGCAGGCUCUCUAUGAAGCCGAGUUAAUCGCUUAUUAUUCAGCGGAUAUUAAUCGUUUAAAAUUUAAUAUUUACCUUCACAUUUGUGAUAUUUAUAUAAAAACUGGGGAAUGGGAUAAGGCUUAUGAAUUUGGUAAUAAGGCAGAAGAAAUGGCUAAUAGACUACAAGAUUAUGUCAAAACAGCACAAAGUAUAGACAGAAUAGGUGAGAUAUUAUUAUUAAAAGGUUCUCUAAGAGGUGCAUUCCGUUGCUAUAAUGAAUCGCUAGACAUACGUUUGAAUAUCAAAUCGGCAGAAAGUGAAAAUUUAAAGUUCGAUAUUAGCCAUUCAUACAAUCAAAUUGGACUUGUUAAUUUCAAACAAGGUAGAUAUGAAGAUGCUGUCUCUAACUAUAAUAAAUCUCUUCAAAUUCGAUUAUCAAUCCUUGAUGAUCAACAUACGGAUGUUGCACAAUCUUAUUACAACUUAGCCGUAGUCAAGAAGACACAAGGAAAAGACGAUAAGGCUCUUGAAUUGUUUGAAAAGUCGCUUGAAAUCUAUUUAUUGCUACUCGAUGAUAAUUAUCCGGAUAUUAAACAAUCUUUCAUCUAUAUCAACAUUGGUAAGAUCUAUUAUAGAUUAAAGAGAUAUGAUGAAGCUCUAGCGAUGUACGAAAAAUCACUUAAUGCCAAGUUAUUAUUUCUUGAUAAUGACCAUCCUGAUGUCGCCUAUUUAUAUAGUAAAAUGGGAAAUGUAUAUGAUGAUCAAGGUAAGUAUAACAAAGCUCUGUCUAUGCAUAAAAUAGCGCUUAAAAUUCGCUCACUGGCUCUUGACUGUUAUAAUCCUCACGUUGCUAAUUCAUAUGACUGUCUUGGAAUUGUCUACCGUAAUUUGGGAAAUUAUGAUAUGGCUCUUUCUAGCCAUGAGACAGCGAGCAGUAUCAGGCAUUGGUCAAUUAAUAGUUUGGAGAACCUUCACGAUGCAAAUACAUUUUAUCAUAUGGGAAAUGUAUAUCUUACUCAAGGUCAAAAUAAUAAGGCCCUUUCUAUGUUUCAUGAUGCUUUGAACAUCCGAUUGAUGGUUCUUAAUUUUUAUCAUCUUGAUAUCGCAAAUCUAUACGACAAGAUUGGAAUUAUCCGAUAUAAUUUAAGACAGUAUGAUCGAGCUGUUGAUGUGUUUAAAAAGCUACUUCAAAUUAAACGAUCAGUCCUCGGCGAUAACCAUCUCGAAAUUGCACAAGCGUACAAUAACAUCGGACUGGUUUACUAUCAUCAGUGUCUGUAUAAUGAGGCCAUUUCUAUGUUUGAGAAUGCUCUGACAAUUCAAGUAUCACUUACUCAUAUUAGCAAUGGCCUAUCCGAUGCAAUAUUUACGAAAAAUUACAUCAAUGAUGUACGUUUAGCUCAACAAUCUUGGUAUAGUCAGGCUAAAGCGACAACAAGAAGAGCGCUUAACAACCUAGUUUGGUUAUUUAAAAGAAAUGAUACGGAAAUAAAUAAACCAUCGGACAAUAACAGCAUUUGCCCUAGACUUGAUAAUGAUAUCUGUCAAUAA